AUGGCAGAAUUUUUUAACAGCUUGCCUCACGAACAAUGGUCUCUUGAUGGUUUGGCUAAAUGGCUUGAGCCCAAAAAUUUAAAUAAGGCAAAAACUUUGGAUUUCAUGAAAAAGGCGAUACAGGAUAUACGCGAUGCUCCCGACUACUCAGAGGCAGCCAAACACAUUUACGGGACUGUUGGUCGUCCGGGUGUUGAACUGUUGACUUGGAAGAAAAAUAAUAAGCAAUAUUUAAGCCUUUUAGGAGUUCGGGCUAAGAGUGUUGAAGAGAUUACGAAGUUAAAGGAGCGACAUUUGCAGGAACAGACUACAGUAGUAGUGAAUAUCCAUAAAGAAAUUGCUUCUGGGCUCGAACAGAGAAUUGCUUCUGGGGUCGAAAAGGAAAUUGCUUCUCUCAAAAGGAACGCAGAACAGACUCUCGAGAAUCAGGACAAAAGAGUAAAUCUGGGCAAUGAUACUCCCACUCCCACUCCACUUGACUAUGAUCUCGAUACUCCCACUACUCCAACCACUUUACUUGACGACGAUACAGAUCUUGAGCAGGAUAUGGAGGAACCAUCAUCAGAUGUUAUUAAAUUGACUACUCUAAGUGGUACUGGAAUUGGAAGAUAUCAAAUUUUAUUCUUAGCGGAGCAUAACAUUUAUCAUCCACAUAGGAAAUUGUUUACCAAUGAAGAAUGGAUUACAAUGGAAUCAAACUGGAGCAAGAUUGAAACAAAGAUCACGGAGUCACUUCCUGAGAUUGAUGCGAACAUAAAACUACUUCUAGAGAGGUAUACGAAGGUUAUAAAAGAUGCCACCACCGGGGUUUAUAUUGACUUAAAUAUAAUCGAGGGCAAUAUUUGUAAUAAAAGCCCAUUUGAAGAAGAUCACGAGUAUCGCUUUGAAAGAGACUACCCUCUUCGAUGGGUACAAUUAGUCUAUAAUGCCUUAGGUGAAGUUGAGAAUGAAGAUCGAAAACGACAAUUGGAUUUGUCAAGAUGUUUGGAAAAACGCAGGACAAAUCUUGGAAGUUGGUGUCAUGAUGCUAUUUUGGUGAUGAAGGUUGGAAGCAAGCACGUUCAAGUAGCAUUUGGAGAGGUGAUUGGAAACGCCUUCAAACACGACGACAAAAAGUGGCAGGAUGAUAAAGAAAAAAUGCUUAAAGCAAUGCAAUUGGCACUUUUUAACUUGCGAAGGUUGUUUCCUGAAGGUCUCGAGGAUUUGGAAACUUAUGGUCUACUCGUGUAUAAGAAAGAAUUUUUUAUGUAUUCGAUGCAUUGGGUGGACGGGAUAUAUCUCGUUGAUCAAUUCAACGGAUUUGCGAUUCCUGAUACUUCGCGGGAACUAGAUUAUCUACCCGUAAUAAUUCAAGCAAUGAUCGAAUUCAAGAAUCGCGUCCUGAAAUUGCAUGCCCAUAUGGAGCGUUUAUAUAAAACAAACACAAAGUUUAGGCGUAGAUCAAAUAUAGACAAUUCAAUUGUCUUCGCAUCACCCACCAAAAAAUAA